UGCCGCUUAGACGCGGGAGGACGUGCGCGCCAAUUUAAAAAUGUUUCGAAUUCGAAUUUCGAAGUACGCGAUGAUUUUAUAGUAAAUGUUUGUGUGAAACUGCAUAAAAAAUAAAGUUAAAUUGAGUGUUACGCGAGUGUUACAACUCUGUGGAGUGUUUUGUUACGAAAUAUAUGUUUUUUUCACAAUCGACUACACAAUGCAAACGAUUUUGAGUUUUAUUUCUACAUAUAGUGUGUGCGUAUUGGUACUGUUAAAAAAAUGUUAACAGGAUUCAUUGUGGUUUCUCUUCUAGUUGUUAACGCCAUCCCGUCAGGGUUGUGCUCUAGUCUUCUAUGCGGGACCACCAAAGAGGUAGAAGUGGGCGGCAGCUUCGGUUCCAACACGGCGGUAGCACUCGCGCUGGUGCGGCCCCCCUCCACCGCCCCGCACCAGCCCUGCCAGCUCAUCCUGACUGCUCCAGAUGCCACCGCCUUCACUGUCAGACUCAUUGAUGUUAAGGAAUCCCUUGGUGAAUGGGAGCGGAGUUUCAGCGACUUCGACAGCCCGCUGCCUAGCCCUGCAGGCCGCAAGUGGAGCGCUAGGACCGGGACCCACGCUCAAGACACGUCUAGCGACCAGGCAGCGCCGGUCGCGAAUACUACUGACGCCUGCAAGUUGUUGAUUUACAUCGGCGACUCAAAAACACCAAUAUGGCGGUUGCAACUGUGUGGAGGGAACGCGGCGUCCAUCGCAGCGCGGGCUGGGCCAAAACUGCUGCCACAGAAGAUCAGGAUCGUGUGGAACCCCCCCACCUCUCCGUACCAGCACACAGAGAAACUGCGGCUGGUUGUUACUGCUGUCAACAGUGGAGCAAUGUGCAACAACAACUCCCAAUUCACAUGCGGGUCGACCGGCCUCUGCAUAUCCUCGGAGUUGGUGUGCGACGGCGUGCGGCACUGCCCGGGCGGCGAGGACGAGGACGCGGGCGCGUGCGCGCGGCGCCGCGACCCGCCGCUGCUGGAGCUGCUGCGGAGGUUCGCGGCCCGCAACCAGGAGCUGCUGGGGCUCGACCAGAGUGACGGCAUGACAAAACCUUCUGUGAUAAUGAAAAUAAGCGAAGGGGAGCAGAAAUCCAACGCCUUUAUGGAGUUUGCGGCGGCGCUCAAGCCGUACGGGCCCUGGAGCUACCUGGUCGUGGGCAUGUUGGUCUGCGCCACUAUACUCAUGUUCUGCCUGGCAUGGGAAUGCUGCUGCAAGCGGUCGAAGCCGUCGGAAACGCCUUUGAGCAUGCCGGCGUCGUGCGCGGAGCUGCCGGGCGCCGCGCCCGCGCCCGCACCUGCGCCUGCGCCGCCGCAGUACGAGCCGCCGCCCUCGUACUCGUCCCUGUUCCCGCGCGCGUACAAGUCCUCGCCCGCGGCCGCGCCGCACUCUUCGCACCAGGAGCCGCCGCCCGACUGAGCGCAGCCGGUACACUAGUUAGACAUUUUUCAAUUUCAUUUACUUUGCGAAGCGUAGUGGUAUUUUGUUUGAUGCAACAUUGUUGGGGCUAUUUCGUCUAAUCUGUCUCUGUUUACAGCCGGCUAUACAAUGCGGGCGAACUCAGAUGCCGACGCGUAUCAACGUACUUUGCGUUGUUUAUGCGAACUUUUCUUGCUGCAAGAAAAAAAGCAAUGUAUAUCGAAAACGCUAUAGAAUACAGACUCUGCACAUACUUAAUUUAGGGUCCGGUCAAAAGUCGCGCGAUAUCUGAAACUAUCAAUGAGAAAUAAGCAAAGUUGUUAUUUUCAGCGAUUGUAGCGCCGCGUCAGGUAAUAAUGAGGUAUUUCCAUGAACUUCAUCCAUGGUGCGGACAUUAAUCUUGCAUUAUUGCCUAUUCCUGUCUUCAUUAUACUUAGAUUUGGGUAACAAUGUUGCCCGGCUAAACUGAAAACUAAAAAACUUUUUCCUUGGUCGAUAUCAGUUUAACUGAGCAAUUACAAGAUGAACGUACCACUACGCUUCUCACAGAUUUAGUUUGUAAAGAAUGAAGACAAGCGAUGGUAAUAAACUUUUUAAUUAAGUUGUGCCGGUUGACGCAAGAAGACAUUUACAAAUAUAUACAAGUAAUGUAAUAAAUGAGUUCGAAAUGGAGAUUUUUACACAAGUUUUAAGUGAAAAUUAAUGCUUUGUAAGAUUAUUUCGUGUGGAUUCAUUAGUGGAUAAAAAAUCAGGUUAUUUGAACGAACGAACCUGGGUAAUAUAAAUAAAAAUCAUAUUAUAUUACACAGGGUAUCAGUAACUGUGCAACAAGUUUAAUUAAAUUACAAUUUACAACAUUAAUUUUCUAUUUUUUCCGUUGAAAUUUAGAGAAUUUGACUAUCUUUAUGAUUUUGUACAUCUGUUCAUAAAUGCAUUAUUGACCUCCCGUAUUAAUGAGUAAUGAGAUGACUUAAGGUGCGUUGUACUAGUCAACUUUAACGUUCAACUUUAAAUGCUAAGUACGCCCUUUUAUCUGAACUCGCAGGUUAAAGUUAACGUCAAAGUUGACUGUUGCAACUCUUAAUAUAGGAAGUUCUUCAACUAAUAAUCCUAUUAGUAUUUGUUUUACAAAUCCGAAAACGUGUAAUUGUUUGUUUAAAACUUUCGAUAGAACUUUGGGGACCAGAGUAAAAAACGUUGUUGUGUUAUGUGAUGAUGAGGUGCCUUGUAUACAAAUGUGAAAGUACGAUAUUUAAGAAGCUAUACAAUUAUAAUAAAACUAUAAUAAGUAUUUGUCAAAACUUUCCGUCGAAUAAGAAAGUAUUCAAGUUAAACUACUUGAAAACCUAUGGAAGUUGGGGCCCGGGGCAUAAUUGAUGGGGCAGAUGAGAUCAAUUAAAGUGACUAAUUUAUUAUAGGACACUAAUAUGAGUGUAUGAAAUUAACCUAUAUACCUAUUACACUGCCCCAACUGCGUAAUGUAGAUUUUUAUAACGAAUGUAUGUAGAUACCCUCCAGAUUUAGUUUUAAGAAAUCAUUAUUUGAAGUUCAAAGCAAAACUACAAUAAUUUAUUAAGACAUUACAUCGAGCUCUUUGAUUUAGGGCCUGUUUCACCAUUUUAUGAUAAAAUAAAACAUAUAAUUUUAUAAGCAUAAACAGAAAUUAGAUAGCAGUUAGUUUAUCUGUAAAAUUAAAAACGAUAUUUUAUCAAAAAGUGUUGAAGCUGGCCCUUAAGUUGUAACUAGUGAACAGAUAAAGAGGAAAUAACGAUACAAUCGAUAUUAUAAUUUUCCGGUGUCAACUGUCGAUUUAUCUACAUCACUAGUUGUAACUUUUAUGAAUCAUAAAAAAAUAUAGUAAUAAAAUAAAAUGGAAAAAAAAGUGUAAAAAAAUGUCCAAAUCUCACUUGACACUAAGGGCGAUGUUUCUCUAAUCAUUAUACAUCAUCAAUUAACUCUUUCAUCUUAAAAAUUACGAAAGAAAUAAAAGUAAUAUUAGACAAAUCAUUUGAUAUUAGAUUACCGCCCUAAAAUAACUUGUAACUACUUUUUAUGAAUGAGAGGGUAGUUAUGUGACCAUAAAAAAUAUACCCAUAUCUUGAGUACAUUAAAAUGACAUUAUUGGAAUUGCUCUGAAUAUUUUUGCUGUUUUGAAUUUAUGCUAAUGUUGACUUGCAAACCGAGGUGUGAACGAAUGUGUAGUUUUGUGAAUGAUAACAACACGAAAGUAUUGACUAGUCUCUUAGGAUCUGUUGUAGAUAUUAUUAUAAUUUUACUGCUAAGCAUAACUAGUUCAUAAAAUGAUUCCAUUUAAUAUCCUAUUGUAACAGUAUAAAAGUGAUAUGUAUAGUGAAAAUAAUAAAUAGGUAUUUAUUUCUUA